AUGAAAUUAAACAUAUGUGUGGUUGUUGUAAGUGACUCCAUUGAAGGGUUUGGAACAGAUGAAGACUCGUUGACGAGAGCCAUUGUGAUGCGUGCUGAGAUUGAUUUGAUGAAAGCAAGAGGAGAGUACUUCAACAUGUACAAUACAAGCAUGGAUAACGCUAUUAUUGGUGAUGUUUCCGGUGACUACAAGGACUUCCUCCUCACUUUGCUUGGCUCCAACAUCUGA